AUGAAAACCAAAUGGAGAGCGACACUAGCAGAGAAAGAAGUAACUACGUUAAAGGAGCAACUUUCCGGAACAAAUACAUCGAACAACUGCGAAAACAAAGACACAUCAAACAUGGACAGGCAAAGUUUUGAAAAUGAAAUGGCUACCAAAGAUAAAGAAGAUUCGGUACAAACCGUGCCUGGAAAUAUAAAGUUAACAAUGUUCACCAUUACCUUCGCCACUGAAGGUAAUAUGUCACGUCAAAGAAGACUUGCAGUUACUGCUACAGUUGCUGCUGCUGUUGCAUUUGUGGAUAUUGGUGUUGCUGCUACUAGUGCUGUUGCUGCUAAUGUUGUUAUUGCAGAUGUUGCUAUUGCUGUUGCUGCAAGUGAUGCUGAAAAUGUCUACCUAAGUCUCAUUUAA